GAAUUUACAUGCACCCACUUAACUCGCUUUCGCUAGAUUUUAAGUCUCCUCCGUUUCCUUUCCCUGGAAGUCCUCCAUAAAUCUCUCUCUUUAUUUUAAAUUCUUCGUUUCAAUCUCUCUCUCUCUCUAUCCUCAUCCUCCACGCCUUCGGAUCCACCUCUUUUAAAACCCUCACAUCGACAUUACAUUGACAAUCACUUGUACUUCACUUCUCAAUUUAUCAAUGGAGAUGGCCAAACUCUUCUGUUUCUGCUUCUGUUUGUUACUUUCUGCACAGUAUUCUUUAUCUCAAGAUUCACCGGGACCCUCUCCGGAUCUAUCCGCUGCGCCUUCGCCUGUUCCAGCACCGGAAACCGGAUCUCCGUCACAUGCUCCAGUGAGUUCACCGGUUUAUUCACCACCAGCACCGUCGCCUUCAGAUCUGAAGGAUGCGCCGUCGUCGGCACCAACUCCCGCUUCGGCUCCGAGUCCAGGUGUGACAGAAGCGAGCGAUGCGAAGCAUACUGAUUCGAAUGAGGAUGAAGAUGGAAAAGAGUCAUCUGGCGGCGGUGGUGGAAUGAGUGGAGGGAAGAAGGCUGGAGUUGUGGUGGCGGUUGUAAUGGGAGCGUGUUUGGUAGGGUUUGGAGGAAUGGCGUACAAGAAGAGACGAGAGAAUAUCAGAAGAUCUCAGUACGGUUACGCAGCAAGAAGUGAGUUUCUCUGAUUUUGAAUUCAAAUAUUGGAAUUAUUGAUUGGUGAGAAUUGUGAUUGAUUCUUUUGGGUGAUGAUGAUGAUGAUGUAAGUUUAGUUAAUAAUAAUAAUAACAAUAAUAAUAAUA